AUGCCGAAGAACAUUUUAGUUGUGUUAUGCAUUGUUGCAAGCUUUAUCUGGGCAUCAGUAGGCACACCAGGAAUUGCUACUUUCUACUCAAGCUAUAUUCCCUCAGCAUGCUACGGGAAUACACCACAAGGCAUUUUGAUCGCUGCUGCAGGUGAUGCCAUAUGGAACAAUGGUGCUGGAUGUGGAAAGUUUUAUAACGUCAAAUGCACUGGAUCUCGAAAUCCAGUUCCACAUCCAUGCACCAACUCGACGGUUAGAGUAAAGAUCGUUGAUCAUUGUCCUGGAUGUCAAUCCACACUUGACCUCUCUCAACCGGCUUUCGCCAAAAUUGCUAACCCGGUGGCAGGAAUUAUCAACAUUGAUUACUGCUAA